AGCCCUUAGCUCAAGUUAAGUGUGUAAAUGCAUUUAACUGAGAUUGAAACAAUUGUGAUUACACGACUUUAUUCGAAUACUGACAGCACCCACGCAAUUGGAUCCGGAUAUAUUUGUUUGAACAUAUUCUGCCACAAUGUUGCGCACUCAGUCUAAGCAAACGCCGACCGAAAUGAGCCACGAUUACUUCAUGGAAACGUACGGCAAUAUCACGCCUUCGAAAAGCGAAGCUAAAGCGAUUCCCGGUUCUUCCGGUAAAGCUGUUAAAAAUGGUUGGUCACCAAGUCCACAAACGACAGGCCAAAUACACAAAGGAGAAUUUCGCUCAGCGGACAACAGACACAAGGGUUCACAGAAAAUUAAGAUGUGUGACCACUGUGCACGAAAUAACAAUAAGAACGAAGGUGUACCUUGCGAAAAUAGUCAUCUUAAUGACGAAAUUAUCGCCGAUGGUUGCGUAUGUGAGCACGUGUGCUAUGAUGUGCCUCGAAGAAAUUCCCGCAUCCAAGCUAUUGCAUCCCGCUUUGCUCGGAAGAGUUUACGUAUGGUGUCUCGGCGUAAAGGGUCCACUGAAAAUGCUUACUCGGGCGAAGGCACCAAACCGACCGACACUCCAACUAACCGAUGGAGAAACUCCAUGUUCAAACGUUCCCAAAGCAACCACGCUCAGGAAAAUGACCCAGAAAGUUACCGUCCCGUACCUCAUGCCGAUCGAGUUCAGCCCGUUACGUCACCAGAGGCACGUGACCACCAACCAACCGUGACGAUCGUACGCAGCGUGAGUCACGCACCUGCAACGUCAUCGCCCAAAAAUGACGACAGCAUCAGCAUCUUGGCCAAGCGACAUAGUGCAAGUUGUUCAUUGACGUCAACAGAGGACGACCGUACGUCACCCACUGACGAUCGAGUGCUGAACGGAAUUUUGGAGUUAAAGAAAUACAUGCUUGACGAAAGCGAGCAGGUGACGUCAUCAGGGUUAUCUAACCUACAUUCCACUGAUAAGAGAACCGAUCUCAUGGAGAAUGACGUCAAACAGAAGUACCGGUCAAUCAAAGAAAACGAAGAGACUCGUAUGGUGACAAUAGUCACGUUACUCAAACGGCGUCGCAACUCUUUAAAAAUAAAGUGCGACCAUUUCAUGAAAGAUUUGGAAAGCGAUGAAUGCGACAAAACAAGAGGGAAGACGAUCAAAGCUCGGUUGCGCCACAUGCAGCGUAAACUUGAGGUUGUGGAACAAUGUAUUGAGGAACAAAAGGAUUACAUCAAGGUUGCCGCUGCAAAGAUUGAACUGAAAUGUAGUCUGGAACUUUUCAAUCUUAAGUUAGAAAGAGAUACCAGUUCAUUAAGUGACGUCACACCUACUCGGAAAAAAACGUACAGCUCGCCAACGUCACCUAACGACCGUUUUGAAUCAGCCGACGAAACAGUCUUCGACGACUGUUCAUCUGUGUCUACCCAUUCGCCGCGGAAUCUAAAUUCAAGUUUCGACGCCUCGAAGCCACGUUACGGCCGACGUACAAGUGCCCCUUAUUACCAAUUCCGUAACCCACACAACGAUUAUGCAGCUGAUGACGACGAAGGUCGCAUGCGUUCCAUAGAUUGUGCUGUGACGUCAGACUGUGACAGCGGAUUCGACAACGGUGACGCAUUAAGUCGAAGUGACGUCAGUCUUGACCGGACGCUUUCGAAAUCCACAGGUUCAAUCGCUUCCUCGGCAUCGCGUUCUGUGCGCCUUUCUAGUGCUCAUUGUGACGACAUAAGCCCUGGAACAGUGGAGUUUAUGCCCCCUCAGUCGAAUUCCUCUUCCGAACAAUCUCUAUGCGGAUCUUCCCGUCGUGGUUCUGCCGCUGGUAGGCGGUAUAGAGCACGCAGUCGCCGCUCACUCAAGUCGGACGAAGUUGAUACGGACGUGUUAGCCAGUAUAGCGGAAUUCGAAAACUUUGCCGAGAAAACAAUGCGACGAUUGCAUCACAAUGGCAAGUUAGUUCCGCUUAAAAAAGGGACUUGACCACCCAUAGAUUUGACCACUUCGUUUCUUCAUUUUCUUUUCGCCUUAUUUAUUUUCUUCCCUCGUGCCUGCCGGAUAUUUCGCUGCUGGUGGUUCCGGUUUCAGCCAGCGCACCUAUACACUGUCUUGCAAUAAUUACACCCAGCCAUAUAUGCUAUAUAUACGUGCGACAGAUCGCCAUUGCUGUUUUUUACUCAAACAAUAAAUAUUCUUACACAUUUAA